GUGGGAUUGGGAAUCUCAACAAUGGGUAGGCCUACAUGUAUAUAUUAGUAAUGGUGUGGGAUUGGGAAUCUCAACAAUGGCCAUACUCGCGGCGUAUAAAUCUCUGUGCUGUCAUGGAAGGAACAUUCUUCCUUCCUGUCUGCUUCUCCUGGCGAUAGCAGAGUAUCCCGUAACCAGACUUCUAAUAACUACAGGGGGGAGAGUCAAUCAAUUCUGUCUGAUAUUUGAAGUGAACACAUCUUUUCCGCUGCCAGUUUUGCCUCUCGGUCAAGUGGAGUACAACACCAUGACCGCUAUUCAGAUAAAGGCCCCAGUAGGAGCACCCCGACAGAGGAAGGCCCGGCCUCUCUUCCUGGAGGUGUUGCCCCGCAGCCUGAUCAUCCUCUGCACGGCCCUGGCCAUUGUCCUCUCCUCCAUAGCUGUGUGCGAUGGACACCGGUUGCUGGCGGGCCUGGAGGCAGUGGUGGAACAAACAGCCUCACCUAACUGCACCACCCACCUAGGUGUAUCUGGGGUGGCGGUGGGCCUGGGCCUGGGUCACUCUAUGGUCUUCCUGGCUGUGGCGGGAGCUAUCUUUGGCCUGGAGUUGCUGGUCAUAUCGCAGGUGAGUGAGGACCGGGACUCAGGCUGGCAGUGGGGCCUGGGGUCAGCUCUGGUGCUUGUGGCGGCGGCGCUGUCGGCAGGGGGAGUGGUGGUGUUGGUGUCUCUGCUCCGGCAGCAGGCCUCUCCUUUGGGCUUCACCCUUACCUUCUGGUGCCAGUUUACCGCAGUCUUCCUGCUCUUCCUCAACGGCAUGGCAGCGCCACAUCCAUCACAUGGCCCUGCAGGCACCACCUAGAGGCCGCCUGGGGAAAUGCUAGAGGUGAAAGAGCACAAGGAGUCCAGCAGUGUCCAGCUACAGCAGUACGGCAGAAGGCAUUUUCAUGUUCCAAACACGCAGACGUCCCAGGAACAGUGAUUUCCUGUUGGGAUUAGGUUUAGGGUUACGCCCAGGGUUGAGGACUGUGGAGUAUAGUGGACAUCAGGACAUCUCUGCAUCCAUGGGUGUCAGUGCCUGAGAUGUCACAGGGUCUAUUGGAAUGAAUCAGCUGUGUGUAUGAAUCCCUCAAGGCCUUGUGCAUGUGCAGCUUGUUAAUAGCACAUACUGGGAACAGUAAACAACGACGUCUGCCUGUCUAUAUGCAGUCAAAUCAUCUUCAUUGUUUUGUGGAAAUACAGCUCUGGAUUGUGUAGAUUUUUUUUUUUUUACAACAUAUGUUUUUCUUAGUUACACUGAGCGUAGUAACUAAUGUGUAACUUCCUUUUAACCCCUUGGCCUCAUAGCUACAGGAUGUAUGCCAGUGGUAACGGAUUAAACAGCCCAGUAAGAGAUAGGAAGGAUAAUGACUUUUGAAUUACAUUUAUGACAUUUAUUGUGAGAGUUGAUCUUCUCAUUGCCAUCAAGUCGUACCAUCAUUGAUCCUGUGUGAAGCACACGUAAUAUAACUAACAUAGCAUGGUUAAAUUGAUUCUAGGAACUGUCACCAACACAUUCACACAAAUUCCUUUAAACUUUACAACAGCUCUUGUAUUCAUGGUUAAACAUACACAUAUCGUAUGUAACACUUGGAAUAUACAUGUUAGAAAGCCAAUAAAUAAAAUUAAGCAUGUCCACAUGGUCCUUUAGAAUACCUGGUCAUAUUGACAAUUG